GAGAUAAAUUAUGACUGUGUUGGCGCGUGGUUGUGAAUCAUAAAUAACUUGCGCGCUUGUAAUAAGGUUGCGUCGCAGAACGUCUUGCAGUAUUCUUUUCUUUCCACGGUUCGCCGAAAGACUUCCAGUACAAAAAGUACCAGUUCCUGGCGCGCCCCGGCUGAUCACAAGCAGCUCAAGGCAGAUGAUUCGUAUGGAUGGCGUAGAAUGCCCGGCUGUGUCUUUUAUGCGUCUGAGUUGAGCCUGAGGGGAUCUUGAAGUCAGGAGAUGGCAGAUGGGAAUCAAGUUUAUUCUUCGAGGGCAGCAGCUGACUGAUGAUAACGCAUGCAACAAGACAGAAGAGGGCCGAAUAGACCGUUGCCUUCUUUCUACUACCUAUCCUAUCUCAAGGCUGCCAGCUCGGAAAAAAAUCAACAAGGGGGAGCCAAUCGAACUGCGGAUGGAUGCCACGCCGACCGAAAGCUGCGUCUCGCCCACCCAAAACUUGUUGAGAUGAACGACAAGAAAUUACCAUCGUCCUUGUCUCGCGUCAAACCAUCUGCCUGCCCAGACAUCGGUGUGCUCCUUACUUUCCACCUCUUUGCUGGUCAAUGUUUUGGUUUGCUUGCGAUCCUUGAUCUCCCUCUCCGCAGGUGCAACUAUCGGCACCCCCGUUCAACUCCGCCUUGCGGUCUUCGGACCCCGCCAAACGCCCGCUUGCGGCUGCAUUACCUGUCAAAGCAUAGCCAAUAUUUGCUUCCUCCCCACGUUCAUGCACCGAGUAAUCCGGAGCGCGCCUCAAUAUUCGCUGCUGUCCACCGCGCGGUGGCUGACCAGUUCUUUGUUUGCUGCUGCCAACUCACACAACAAAGGAAAGCCGAUGAUCAGACGUGAAUCCCGGCAAGCUGGUUUUGGAUUGACAUCCUUGGUGGAAGCCAGUCAUUCUGAGCAGGUCUGAGCCAUGCUUUGGAGUGAAAUAUUGCAAGGUACAGUGUACGUCCGAUGCCGAUCUGCCAUGACACAGAUGGAGAAGUUGCAACGGAUUUCAGGAGGAUGUCCCGAAGGAGGUGACGAUGGUUGCGAGGUACAAAUCACGAUCCCCGAUGCACUCAGCUUGUAGAUCAGAGCCAUGAAUUUCCAUGCAUUUA